CCCCGCCCCCUGGGCGGCUCACGUGGUCGAGGGGCGGGGCCGCCGCUCGGUUUGUGGGAGUCAGAGCCAUGGCGGGCUUGGUUGACUUCCAGGACGAGGAGCAGGUGAAGUCUUUCCUGGAGAACAUGAAAGUGGAGUGCCACUACCAGUGCUACCGCGAGAAGGACCCGGACGGUUGCUAUCGGCUGGUGGACUAUCUGGAGGGAAUUCAGAAGAAUUUUGAUGAAGCCGCCAAGGUGCUGAAGUUCAACUGUGAGGACAAUGGGCACAGUGACAGCUGCUAUAAGCUGGGGGCCUAUUACGUGACUGGAAAAGGUGGCCUGACUCAAGACCUAAAGGCUGCAUCUGCCUGCUUUCUGAUGGCCUGUGAGAAACCAGGAAAGAAGUCUGUGGAGUCGUGUCACAAUGUUGGACUCCUGGCCCAUGAUGGACAGGUCAAUGAGGAUGGCCAGCCUGACCUGGGAAAGGCCAGGGACUACUACAGCAGGGCCUGUGAUGGCGGCUUUGCAGCCAGCUGCUUCAACCUCAGCGCCAUGUUUCUACAGGGUGCCCCUGGCCUCCCCAAGGACAUGGGUUUGGCAUGUAAAUAUUCAAUGAAGGCCUGUGACCUGGGCCACGUCUGGGCCUGUGCCAAUGCCAGCCGCAUGUAUAAACUGGGGGAUGGUGUUGAUAAGGACGAGGCCAAGGCUGAAAUGCUGAAAAAUCGGGCCCAGCAGCUGCACAAGGAACAGCAGAAAAACGUCCAGCCUUUAACGUUUGGGUAAUAUGUGGCCCGUCCUCCCAAGCAACAGACAGCUGCAGGCCCUUGGAGAUAAGUCAGUGCCAUCUGCGCCAGAGUGUCGCCUGCUGGGAGUGCCUGGAAGUGUGUUUUAGUAAAUAAUCCUUUGUGUGCAUUCUGUGAAGACA